AUGGAGAAGUUUAUAGAACGGAAGAGGGAAGUGAAUUAUGGGUAAGAAUAUCAGUUUACCACGGCUUUAUUUGGAAGCUAGAAAUAAAUUGUCCCUUUCAUCUUUUAGUAAGAAGAGACGGUCAAUAGCUCUCAAGCAAUCCGCGGCACCGAAUUAUCAAGAGUUAAUGAUGAAUGGGUCCAAAAUACUGCUACCAGCCGGCAUUUCGCCUUAUCCUACUCAGAAGUUGAUGAUGAUCAAGGUUUUGAUGGCACUGCGCCAGGAAACAAAUGCGUUGAUCGAGAGUCCGACUGGGAGUGGUAAGCUUUUGUAUUUUUCUUGUUUUUUAGAUCGAUGCGAAGUUAUCUCACCCAUAUUGAGAAUGUUAAACUGGACGACACCUGUUUUCAUUCAGUGUUUCCCAAAUUUUAGGUAAAACUCUUGCCUUAUUAGCAUCAACCGGAGCCUGGCUUGUUGAUUAUCAGAGGAAACGAAAAGAACAGCGUAAACUAUGUCCUAAACAUGGUCUUCAGUUGGAUAUAAAGGAAGAUUCUCCCAUUUCGCCAGCAACCAAGAAAAACAAAAAGAAUGAAAGCUCUUUAUCUAUAAAAGACGAGAAGAAUGGAAUCAAGGUUGAAGGAGAAAGUGAUCCAAUCUAUCUAAACGAAAGUACAAUGGAUCAAAGUAUGUUGGACUAGACGAAAUGGGAAUUUUUUUUAGUUUCAAGUGCGUUUAACGAGGAGCCAAGGUCCGCAAGUGAUUCAAUGAACGAGAGUUCCUUUCCUAUGUUCGGAGGUCCGAGCCAAGAAGAGCUUGACGAAGAGGAGGAGAAGAAAGAUGGUUGCACUUGCUUGCCGUAAGAUCGAUAUAAUUAUUAUAUUACUUUUCUGUUUUUAGGUGUGUCCGGAUAUAUUAUUGUACGAGAACACACAAGCAGAUUGCUCAAGUGGUAAAGGAAUACGCUAGGUUACCUUAUGCGUACACCGGGUUGUUAAAGUAACUGAUGUGGUCUGUCAUUUUCAUCUAUUUUUUCAGACAUACCAUUUUGGCAAGUCGAAAUCAAACCUGUGUCAACGCGGAGAUCCGCAACAAGCCCGGUGAUAUCAAUAAGAAUUGCCGAGAUCUCAUAAAAGAAGGAAAGAAAGGGAAUAGUGGAUGUGAUUGGAGAGACCCGCUGUCCAAGAAGUACGAACGAAAGGGGAGUCUGAGAUUCGAACUGGAGAAUCGGCUAUCGUUGGCCUGGGAUAUCGAGGAGAUCACGCAAGAAUUGGCUUCAGGGAAAGGAAAGAUGUGCCCGUAUUUUGCCACCACUCGCUAUCUGACACCUGAUGCUGAUCUCAUCUUCUGCCCAUUCAAUUAUCUUCUGGGUAGGUGUAAUAAUGUCAACAAGUAUUAGAUUAUGAGUUUUGAGGUCAUUGAAGGGAGAUUGAAGAGACAUAAAGUGUAAAUUCUCUUAUGUUUCAGACCCGAUCAUUCGAAAUUCCUCCGAUGUGCAUCCCAAGAAUUCGAUCAUAAUCCUCGACGAAGCCCAUAACAUUGAAGACGUCUGUCGGGACUCAGCAUCUUUCCAAUUCAACGAAACCGAGCUUGUUGCAGCUAUGGCAGACUUCAAACACAAAAUGGCCAAACUUCAAACAGAAAAGGAAUUCUACCAAGCAACGCUGAAUAGGGAUAAAGAGGAUCCGUCAACCGAAUUCCUGAUUACUUUGGACCAUUCGAUGGUGAAUGUAAGAGGGAAAGAGAGACGUUUUAUAUUUUAUUUAGAUGAGCGAAUUUCUAAAAUGGUUCUAUCAAAUCUUCACCGAUCUUACUCAUAAAGCCAAAUCUGGAAAUCAAAUGUAUCCGAUAUCGUUUAAUCUGGAUUGGGCAAAGACUUUCGAAUUAUUCAAAAGGAUCGCUGAACCCGGCUUUCCUGAAGAAAUUAAAGCUUGGAUGGUGAGUUUGGAAUUUAUAGGUACCUAAAAUUGGUCAUACAUAAUGUGAAUUAUGUAAGCUUUAGAAAUCUUUUGUUGCCAUCACGGGAAAGGGAUCAGAGUCUCCGUCAAUCACAGUGGAGGUGUCUCAAAUCUUACCGGCUUCAGCGACUGUUGUUUGUGUGGAGAAGAUUCUCUAUUUUUUGUAUUUUUAUGGGAAAGAUAAUAACAGAAUGUAUUAUAAGUGAGUUCAAAUUGUAUGGUUUGAUAUUUAAAUUAAGGUCGAAUCUUCGAAUUGAGCCAUCAAGGGGUCGAUAUGACUUCAAUUCUCAGAUUAUGCCACCAGAAACAACAAUUAAUUACCUGGUGCCGGGGUGCAAUGUCACUUUGAAUUUGUGGUGCAUGUUACCUUCGGUGGUAAGUGUAAUUUACUUGAAGGGAAUAUAUUGUAUUAGGUACUGAUUUGAUGUUUUCAGUCGGUUCGCGAUGCCUUUGCCAAUUGCCGAAGUGUUAUCCUGGCCUCGGGUACCCUCCACCCCAUCGACACUUUCGCCACGGAACUUGGGAUGGAUUUCCGAUUUCAAAUGGAAGGGGACCAACUAAUCGAUCGAGAACGGAUCUUUGCCACUGGACUCCCAUUUGGCCCGAGUAAUAAGGCACUGAAAUUAACCUACAAAGAAAUGGAAAACGACAUUGGAAUCAAAUUGGAAUUGGCCAAACUGGUGUUCGAUGUGUGCCAAGUAGUCCCAAAAGGAGUGCUUUGCUUUGUUGCGUCAUAUAGAAUGUUGGAUGAUAUUGUGACACAACUAACAACAUCUGGGUUGAUGGUAAGACUCCAGGCGAUCAAAGAUGUCUUCCAAGAACCGAAGAAUUCCAUAGAAAUGCAGGAUGUCCAAGAACAGUAUGAAAGAUGCGCGCAAACGCCGAAUAAAGGAAAGACUGGGGCUUUGAUGUUGGCGGUGUUUAGAGGAAAGGUAGGUGGGGUGUAGAACGUAGUUUUUCGUUGAAUAUGAUGAUAUUAUAUUAUUAAUUCAGGUAUCAGAAGGCAUCGAUUUUGCUGACGAUAAAGCCAGAUGUGUAAUUUCGAUUGGAAUCCCCUUCCCCAACCUUAAAGAUGAACAAGUCGCACAGAAACGGUACUUUAACGACUUCAACGCCAAGUCGAUGACUCUUCUCCCAGGCUCCGAAUGGUAUUCGAUGCAGGCGUUUAGAGCCCUAAAUCAGGCUCUUGGGAGAUGUUUGAGACACAGAAAUGAUUGGGGAGCCUUGAUUUUGGUCGAUGAACGCUUCCAGUAUCCCCAGCCAAAGAUCUCGAAGUGGGUUCGAGAAAGAAUGACCAGAUAUGUGCAGUAUGGAAGCUUCAGAGAGAGUCUGGCGGAGUUUGUGGAGAAGCACACGGGUAUGGAGGUGAAAACAGAGGUUCCAGAAGUCGAUUGUACACCCCCUGCUCAGAGAAGAAAGUCCCUUGGGAUGAGAAAGAAUCCGAUUUUCAAAUAG